CUAUUCUGACGAGAAGGCAAGGCACACUGAAAUCACACUGGCGAAUCUUGUAAGAAAAGUGGUGGGAGGAGGUAUGAAGUAUAUACUAGUAACAGGAGGGGUAAUUAGUGGUAUUGGCAAAGGUGUCAUCGCCAGCAGUCUAGGGGUCAUUCUCAAAUCCUGUGGCAUCAGAGUCACCUCCAUCAAAAUUGACCCGUACAUCAACAUUGAUGCAGGCACAUUCUCUCCGUAUGAACAUGGUGAGGUGUUUGUGUUGGAUGAUGGUGGAGAAGUAGAUUUAGAUCUUGGUAAUUAUGAACGCUUCAUGGAUAUCAAGCUGCACCGUGACAAUAACAUCACCACUGGUAAAAUAUACCAACAUGUCAUCAACAGGGAAAGAAGGGGAGAUUAUCUUGGAAAAACAGUGCAAGUUGUGCCCCACAUUACGGAUGCUAUACAGGAAUGGGUGGAGAGAGUGGCAAAGAUACCAGUAGACGGAGACAACAUGCAGCCAGAAGUCUGUAUAGUAGAGCUUGGGGGCACUAUCGGUGAUAUAGAAGGCAUGCCUUUCAUUGAAGGCUUUCGCCAGUUCUUUCAGUUCCGUGUGAAAAGGGAAGACUACUGCCUGGUCCAUGUCAGUCUUGUUCCACAGCCACAAGCUACAGGUGAGCAGAAAUCCAAGCCGACACAGUCCAGUGUGAGAGAACUGCGUGGUCUAGGCCUCAGUCCUGAUCUGAUUGUUUGUCGCUCUCAGAAUCCAGUGGAGGACUCGGUGAAAUCAAAAAUCUCCUUGUUUUGUCACGUAGAACCUGAACAGGUGUUUUCCAUCCACGAUGUGUCCUCCAUUUAUCGUGUUCCCAUACUCUUACAAGAGCAGGGCGUGUCGUCCUAUCUUAUUGAACGACUAAAGAUGGCACAGCUGUCCAAGCCCCACAUUGGUAACAUCAUGUAUAAAUGGCGGGAUCUGGCUGACAGAUAUGACCGCAUGCUGAAGGAGGUAACCAUUGCCCUUGUUGGCAAGUAUACACGACUAGAAGAUGCCUACGCCUCGGUGAUAAAGGCCCUAAAGCACUCUUCCCUAUCUGUCAGUCACAGACUUAACCUCAGAUACAUAGAGGCAACACACCUGGAAACAGACAUGUUGAAGGAGAAUCCAUCUAAAUACCAUGAGGCCUGGCAUCAACUUGUUAGCUCUAAUGGUAUCCUGGUGCCUGGUGGAUUUGGUGUACGAGGAACAGAAGGAAAGAUACUGGCCACAAAUUGGGCCAGAACAAAAAAUGUCCCUUUCCUAGGAGUAUGUCUGGGCUUACAGUGUGCAGCCAUAGAGUUCGCCCGCAAUGAACUUGGUUGGAGUGAUGCCCACUCUACAGAGGUGGACCCACAUACUAAGCACCCUGUGGUAAUUGAUAUGCCUGAGCACAAUACAGGACACAUGGGUGCCACAAUGAGGCUAGGCAAACGCACAACACUCUUCAAAACGGAAAAUUCUGUUAUGAAGAAACUGUAUGGGAAUGCACCUUUUGUGGAGGAAAGACAUCGUCAUCGAUAUGAGGUAAAUCCAAAAUACAUCAAAGACUUUGAGGAUCGAGGAAUGAAAUUUGUAGGACGAAGUGAGGAUGGACAAAGGAUGGAGAUUUUAGAACUUGAGAAUCACCAGUACUUUGUGGCUGUGCAAUACCAUCCUGAGUACAUAUCCCGACCACUGAAGCCAUCGCCCCCAUACCUAGGGCUCCUGUUGGCGUCCUGUGGAAAACUCUCCAAUUUUGCUGCAAGAGGCUACAGACUGUCACCACAUCUAUCGUACAGCGAGGGAAACCUUUCAGACGAUGAGGAACUUGCUUCUAUUGUACAAAACCUUCAAAUGAGCUCAUUCUCUCAAAGUAGCAAAUCAUCUUCAUCAGAAAACUCACCAAAAGGAAAGGCUGAGGUUGCUGUCUAGACAGAACAUCAUAAAGUUUACAGGAAUAUUUCUAACCUGGUGAGGUUGAUGUAUCAUUGCAGAGGGGAGAUAACUCAGCAGUAAGAACAUUAUAAUAUAGUUUACAGAAAUAAGGUCACAUUUGUGUACCUUGGUUGAAACGGUUCAGGUGAUCUGGAAUUAUUCCACUAUACACGAAUGCACAUGUACUGGAUGUUGGACCUGAUUUAUGUAAAAUUCAAAAUGCACAUUUUCGGAAUUUCCUGAUAUUUCACUCAUCCAUAAUCACACAAUCCUUUCUGAAAAUAUGUGAUUGCUCCAACCCUAUUUUACGCUGAAAUUCUGAAAACUUACAUAGGUACGGCUGGACCCCUUAAUCUGCAUGUGGCAAACAUUCCUCAGUCCAGCCUUCAUCCCAAUCUGUACCUGGUGUUUUUCGUGCAGGUUCAAGUGGUCUAACCGUUUCAACUGCUUAUGCAAGAGCCAGCUAAGUCUUACAGGUGAGAUCGAUGUACCAUUGCACAGUACGACACUUUUUUGUGAUAUUGAUAUAAUCUCAAUUGGAAAAAUUGAUUUUGACACAAAAUUAGAGAGCUGCAUAACCUUCCCAAAUCACAUACGGGUUUCAGAAGUUUGAUAAAUCAGAAAGUGAGAGAGAUAAAAGGAAGAAAGGAUCCUGUUGAUGUUGAGAUUUUUAGUUUCUUUAGUAACUGUUGAUUUUAAAUUUUGCUGGUGCUCACUUUACUUAUAACCAGUAUAUGAAGAUGUAUAGAGUCAGAAAUAAAACCAUACACAUAUUCAGUGAAUGAUAAAGAGAAGUUAUGAAAACAUGGGGUACUCUACAUGUGAAUAUUAUCUGUUGGACUGGCCCAGAUUGGAUAUUUUUAUGGAAACCAUUGUCUGUAAAAUAUAUGAGAUUCUGUAUUGCAUUUACAAGAUUCUUUGAUUUUCUUCAUAUUUCAGAAUUACACCGACUCAUUUUUAAAAACUUGUAUUUAUCUAUCAAUUUAUCUCUGUUUUGUUUUCCAUAAAAAGACUCUGUUUGAGAUUGAAUUUUUUGAGUGUUAACCUGUGACUGUAUUGAUGAGAUUUAACAAAGCAUUUCAAAGUCUGUAGAAAAAUAUUCAUCUACAUUUAAUUGCCUGUUUUGUUUAUUUUUAUUGUUAGCUUUUUAAUUCCAAUCAUAAAAUAUAAAAUUUCAAACUUUUGAGUGUUACAUGCCAGUAUAUAGUAUCUUCUCCCGACCAAGAUUUUAUUUUUUCUGACCAAAGCAUUUAAAUCUUUACACCCUUUGGUGCCAGUUAUUAAUUUUAUAAUAUUUUGAAUGUUUUCUUUUUUUUUUUUUUGUAUUUACUACUUUGUUUUGAUGCAAAAUCAAUUUUCUUCAUUUUUAUGUGUCAAAAAUGUGUUUUCGUAUGAGAGAGCAAGAGGCUGGAUAUACACUACCCUCAUAAAUGAGUUCUAAGCUCUGUAUGUGCGUUAGUGACGUCAAAACUCUGACAUACUUUGUUAAUAUUGGAGGUAUUCCUUUUGAAUGGAUUGAUGUAACAUGUGCUUUAUGAUCUAUAGCUUGCAUUCAUCUAUCUGUAGUUUGAGGAUUUGUCUUUUGAUUAACCAGCAGAUAUUUAUUAUAUAUACAUAUCUGAUGAAUAAUGACUUGCUUCAUCAGUAGUUAAUUAUGGUACGUUUCACUUGGCCCACUGGCUUACUGACAGUAAAAAUUCUUCAUUUUCAGAUUGCUUAACAAAAUUCAGGAAAUUAAAAGCCUGUAUAUGUGAUAACUAUAUUGAUGAGUGUGUUUAUGAUUUAGUCGGCUAUGAUGGUACACUGUAUAGAGUGAAGAGUAAAAUGGUGGAAUUGUUGGAGAUUCAAGCAUAUUAACAGUACAAGGUUUCCAUCAGGAGUUACAUGGUGUUGUGAACUACAUUACAACACCAAGCGUUUUCAGAUUUGAUUAUGAAGUUUCUAGAUUUUCAAUUAUUUUCUUUAAAUAGAUGUUUGCUUAUAUUAUCAUGCAAUAUCCACGAUAAAGCUUUGCAGAAAUAUCUGUUAUUUGUAACGAGUUCACUGUAUUUGAUAAUUGUAAAUAUAUGUGUGUGUGUGAUAUUCUAUUUUAAGAACAAUUUACCAACCAAUAGAUUGUUAGGAGGAAUGCAUUUGUCUCUUUAUGUGCCAUACAGACUUUGUGACAAUGUUUAGAGCUGAUUGUAUCAUAACAUUCUUUUCCCAUGUCUGCUGCAGUUUUCAUCGCUUCAAUAGGAUAUUCAUCUGAUUGUCAGAUUAUCAAAAUAGUAGUAUAGGGGGGUAGUCCAUUCUGAAGUAAAAUUUUAAAGCACAUGUCACAAGGUUUGGUUAGUCGAAUGUUAAUGUACUUUGAUAAAGUGGAGAAAAUAAAUACCAAUCCUCUGUAUAAUAUCAUUAUUGUGCCAGUGUUACAGACAUUCUGAUCGGAGAGCCAGGUGACAACUAGAUUUGAUCAGGUAUUGAAGGACAUAGUGUAUGUCUUAAGCUUGUAGUGGGUUUUUCAGAAAAAAAAAUAAUUCAAAUUUCCAAGAUAUAUACAUGUAUAGUUUUGGGGAUUUUUUAUGAAGCCAUCUACCUAGCCAUUGAAGUUACCUGAAUAAUGUGAUCUCACCUGGCUAUCUGUUUCAAUAAUUGUUUAUUCUGAAGUUAAAUGUUGAGAAAAAGUCGUUGACCUUGCUAAACCCUUAGCAUUACUUUUCACUAUGUAAAAGAACAUUCUUUUCUUCUGUGAUAUGGGAGUGCAUUGUGUACAGUUUUAGUGUGGAGAUAAAUGUGGAUGGAGGAAUAAUCUUCAGAUGUAAAUACUGGGUUAUAACAGUGGGUAUACAUGUGUAGAAAUAAUCUUCAUAUGUAAAUACUGGGUUAUAACAGUGGUUAUACAUGUGUAGGAAUAAUCUUCAUAUGUAAAUACUGGGUUAUAACAGUGGUUAUACAUGUGUAAACCAAUUAGCCAUAUUGGCAUUAUAGACUGGUUACUGUGUGAAAGUUGUUUGAAAGGAUAAUUGUUCUCUGUAUUAUGUAAUUUAUCAAUAAAUCUCAGAUUAUUCCGUGUU